AUGGGCCAAAAAGAAGAGGUAUCGAAUGUGGAUGUGUCGUUCCGCAACGGCUUGAACGGUUCUACGAACGGCACCCUUAAUGGAAGUGGAGACCAUGGAUUUGGUAGAGUAUCGGCGACCUCAAAGCACCUUGCACCCAAUGAAGACUUGCUUUCUCCGCUGCAAAUAGAGUGGUACUACCUCGAUGCUGCUGGCCAUGAGCAGGGUCCCUUCAACGGUGAAAUGAUGCAAGAUUGGCUUUCGGAGGGCUAUCUAAACCCGGAUUUGCGUAUUCGUCGUCCUCAUCAGCAGCAGUUCAUCACUCUCAAGGAUCUCUGUGAACGUCUCCAGAACUAUGUUCUGCCCUUUGCGGUUCCCCAGCCGGCGUAUGUGCCUCCACCUCCUAAAUCUGAACCGCAAACAUCGCUUCCGUUCCUCAAUAACCUCAAUCCUCAAAUCUCGCAACCGCUAGCGACCCAGCUUUCUCAGUCCAUGUUGGGCGAUUUUCUUCCUCAGGAUCCCUUUGCCUCCAACUUCGGCUCCAACUUUCUCCACAACCAGCUCCAAAUGCCAAGCUUAUUGCUGCAACCUCUCCAGCAGCACCAACAGCAUCCGGCAAUUGCUCGUGCCAGUGGAUGGGGACUCAAUUCCGGUCCCAGCACUCCUCAUGCGAUGGCUCCUUCGCUAGCAAGCUUGCCGCUGCAAUCGCAAGUUUCUCCGUGGGCCGCUGGUCUGACAUCGCGGGUUAGUUCACCGUUCGUUGGAACGCUUGAAAAACCGAGCGAGGAUUCAGAAUCUAGAAUUGAAUCUAGAAUUGAUUCCAGAACUGAACCUAAAACUGAACCCGAACCACAAAUCCCCAAAGAAGAGCCUACCGUCUCUAGUCGUGUGGAAGUGAGCGAAACUCGUGAGGAACGAGUUCCUGAGCCAUCUCAUGAGCCAAUUCAAGAACCAGUUCGUGAACCAGUUUCUGAAUCAGUUCCUGAAGAAGCACCUCAGCAAACUCGUGAGCCCGGCAAUAACGCCCAGACGUCGCCGGUUGCGGUGAAGAAAGUGGUGAAGAAAAUGGACGUCAAAAAGCCAGCACCGGCUCCUUCUUCACAGCCUGUGGUUCCUCCAUGGGCUGGCAAGGAACAAGUUGGAAAACCGCAACUCACUUUGAAAGAAAUCCAAGCUCUUGAUGCCGAAAAGCACGAAAAACAAAGACAACUCGAAGCUGAAGCCAGAUCCGCCGAAGCUGCUAGGGCUUUUGCUGCUGCCGCAUUGGAGGAAAAAGCUGCUCAGGAAACCAGACCAUCGCUUCCUUCCACUGCCAGCUGGGGAGUUCCCACCACAGGAGCUCCAGUCGCCAAAACGCUCGCUGAAAUUCAAAAGGAAGAAGCUGAAGCAGCCCGUGCCAAGGUAGCCAAGGCUACUACAAUUGUAUCUACUCCUACAUUUGCGUCGGCUUUAGCCAACUCUGUUCCUAAAGAUGAUGGUGCAUGGACCACAGUUGCUUCAAGAAAGCCUAUGGCCAAGAAAACUUCUCAACCAGUAAUCUCUACCACCACCACUGCUACUGCUGCUUCUCCUCAGGUGUUGAGAUCGGUCUCCGCUACUCGGAUUCCAACCAGCUCCAACAACGUCUCUGUUUUAGAAGACUUUAUUGUGUGGGCUCGCUCAGCUAUGACAAACCUUUAUCCUACUGUUUCUAAGGACGACCUUUUGGAUAUUUUCCUUGCCCUUCCAGCAAACGGAGACUCGUCGGUUCUUAUUGCUGAGACCAUCUACUCGUCUUCAGCUACUAUGGACGGACGUAGAUUUGCUGAAGAGUUUUUGAAGAGACGUAAGAGAGUCGAGCAGCAGACUGGAAAGGUGACGAUGCUGGAAUGGACAGCUGCUAUUUCCAGCAGCGCUAACAAGGUCCAGACCGUCGAUGAAGAUGGAUGGAGUACAAGUGUUAAGGGUAAGAAGAAGAAGAGAGCUGCAUAG